AUGUCUACUGUGGCUAUGGAAGAAUAUGAUUUGAUGAAAGACUCUAAAUACCGCUUAUAUGUAGCGGCAGUAGAUAAAGCUCUGAAAAAUUUUGAGUAUACAUCAGAAUGGGCAGACCUUAUUUCAGCACUAGGAAAACUCAACAAGGUUUUGUUGAGCUAUACAAAAUUUCCUGUUAUUCCCAGGCGUAUAAAGAUAAGUAAGAGGCUGGCUCAAUGUAUGCAUCCUGCUUUACCAUCAGGAGUCCAUUUGAAGGCUUUAGAAACAUAUGAUAUAAUUUUUCGGUGCAUGGGAACUAAAAGAUUGGCUCAUGAGUUGUUCAUUUAUAGUGCAGGCCUUUUUCCACUUAUGGGCCAUGCAGCCAUGAAAAUCAGGCCCACUCUACUAACAAUUUAUGAAACCCAUUUUGUACCACUCACAGAUAGAUUAAGGCCUGCCCUUAGUGGAUUUUUAAGUGGCAUUUUGCCUGGUCUGGACACUGGAACUGACCAUUUUGAUAGGACAAAUUUGUUGCUGGAGAAUGUAUGUGAUGGUGUAGAACCACCUUAUUUCUACACUUGUAUCUGGCAAUGUGUGGCAAAUAAUAGCCCUGUAAGACUGCCUGCCAUUAGCUAUGUCUUGGCACAUUAUAGCAAAAAAAUGUCCAUGGAAGAUCAGUUGUACCUGAUGGGAAAUGAUAUAGGACUCAUGGUGUCUGGCCUUUGUGCAGCUGUCCAAGAUUCGAGUGUUUUGGUGCAGAGAGCUGCUCUUGACUUGUUGAUGGUGUGUUUUCCCAUGCAAAACCAACAGCUUUUGUAUGCUGAUAUGGUCAGAUUGGUUACAGCAGCUCUAACAACAAUUUUGAGAAGGGAUAUGUCAUUGAACAGGCGCCUUUAUUCUUGGUUACUCGGAACCGAAGCGAACAACGUUCCCGUACCAGCAGAAGAAGAAUUCGAGGCACCCACCCCCAAUCACCACCACUCCACAGCUUACGACCUGCUCAACGAUGCCCUCAAAGUGAUCCUGAAACGUUGCACCUCCGAAACCCCCAUAGACAUAAAGCCGUACCGGCUUCUAACCUCGCUUUUCGACAAACCCCAAAUCGGGCCGGUCAUACUCGACGGCAUUUUGUACGACGUCUUCAGGACCCUGUAUUUGUCUUGUUUGUACCAGCAGAAACACAGGAAUAGUAACGUACGGUGCGUUUCGUUCAAUGGCGACUUGAACAGCUUGACGAACGACGAUGUUUCUUUGAAUAAGCAGUUUGUCACUAAGAAUUGCCAGGAGCUGAUCAAAAAUGCGAAUUUGUUGUUCAACACAUUGCAGAGCUAUUACAUUUGGUCGUACAUCGAGAAACUUUUCGUGGAUGCAGUUAAGAAUUUAAAGAAUUAUAAGUACAGGGACAGGUGUCAAGUUAACGAGAUUGGGUGUGGAGCACCGCAUAUUUUGGAAAUUUGUAUCUUGACCGACUUCCUCUUAGAUAUAAUACCAAUAGAAUCGUACACUGAAAGCACCUCUAGCAUACUUCCUAAUUUAUUUUCGAAGAUUGUCGUGACGUUGAAAUAUAAUUUGAACGAUUUGAAUCACCACGAAAUCACCGAAAGCUUGCAACUGUGCACUAGGAUCCUGACGAAAGUACAACCGAUUACAUUGACGCAAAUGCCCAAAACCACAGAGCAAGAGACCGACUCAUUCAACGAAACUUUAGAAAAAUCUCUUGACACUUCUGCUGUGGACGGAAGAGAAGAGAACGAAGCUCUGAGGACUUUGGAAAAAAGCAAGUCGGAUUCGAGAAUCAACGAAAAUACCAACAGCCAAGAAAAACAUGAGCUUACAGUAGAUGACACAGCCAGAGAAAGAUCUUAUAGCAACCAAAUGCUGAAGAAGAAGGAAAAAAACAGUCCGAGGAUAGAGAAGAAGACAAAAAACAAGAAAUCCAAGUCCAGUCCCAAAUUGAACGAUCUGAGGAACGAGACCAGCGAGUCGCUGAGCUCAGAAAAUGUAUCUCCAGACAAAAAAGAAGAAGAACCACCUGUGGAAACCCCUCUGAAAACCACCAAAAUCGAGAACAAAUAUUUCAUAAAAUGUUUGGACGAGUACAAGACUUUCUAUGUACACUUCAUAAGAGCCAAGUUGAUACCAAACACUGACAUUAAGGCGAUAUUUCAGUCCCUCAUCGGCGAUAAAGAAGUGAGGACGGAAUCUUUGAAGAGAAUGCUCAGUGCUAGGAUACUAGAAAGCCCCAAAAGCGAAUUUAAACCAGUAAAUUUCGCUCGUAUAGUAACAAAAACCGAUGUUUCAGCAUCCUCUAAUAUAUCUCCGGAAAAACCUAUCAACUAUUAUGAAAAGUCCAUGAGCGUUGCUUCGAAUAUUCUCUUGGAAUUUUCCGCCUUUCCUAACUUGUUAGGAAGCAAACUAGAAGAUGAUCUUCCUGCGUGGGUGGAAGCCCUUAUCGUUGUCGCUUGUUGCAAGGAAUCUUCCAGAGGCAUUCAGUUGACUUCCAUGAACACCCUUUUAGAGAUUUUCAGUUUAGCGAACAACCAGGUGUUGAAUCGACAGGAAGAUGGCAGCACCAAUAUCGUGAUCACCGGUAUACUGGAUGUCGCGCAUGUCAGGUACAUCGAGGAAAACACCGUUGUCAUCGAGGAAAUGGCACAAAUUCUAUGGAAACUUCUGGGAACUUUAGACAACCAAAACCAGCUGAUGUUAUGCGUUACCUUACUGUACCAAAUUCACAACACCUUCGACAGCAAAGUUUUCGUCGAAAACAUCAUCAGUCAAUAUUUGACUCACGAAAACAUCAGCGUCCACUACAUCAAACAAUUUUUUCUAUUGUGGCAUUUGGGCAGAGAUUUGAAUAUCAAGUUCGGCCCGAAUAAAUCGAAUAUCCGGAAUUUCGAUAGGUCCCUAUUGAAAAUUCUGGAUAACCUUCAAUACAAAGAUAAACCCAACCUCCAACUAUUGUCCGAAUCAUUCCUAAUGCACUGCCUCUUACACAACGACAUCUCUAGAGUAUUAAAUCCGAUUUUAUUGAAACUGUUAGCCUCGAAUACUGCUAGAGUAUCAAUAAAGCACAUAAACAUCCAAGACUCGGAUUGGCAGAGCGACACCACUUCCCAAGAAAACAACAUAAUGGAAAACGUGCCCAGCAAAAAGGUCUACGCCGUCAGCAGUAUCAACGGGAACAUAAUGUACCACGUGACAGAUGAGCCGGGUCCCAAACCGUUGAAGAAGAAGUGGUUCACGUUCUCGAAACCCGACAAAAAAUACUCUUCGUCUGUGGUGAACAUGGCCACGAGCAUCACCGAGGAUUCCAACGUCGUGACGAAGAAAAACAGGGAUUUCAAGGUCGUCAAUGCCAGCCCGAAGUCUGAGAAAGGCCCCAAAACCGUCAAACUGAUAAUAAACCCAUUGGGGACCAAGGAGGUCUACCCCAUCGGCCUUGAGGGGUGCUACUCCAAAAAGGAGUCUCACUCUUCUUUAGAAAGUCUUUCGGACAGCGAAACGCUGCUCUACCACGAACGCUCCAACGGAGGCGAUAGAGACUCGGGCUUCGACAGUCUCAAGAAUAGAAGCCAGUCGGAGCUGCCUAACGGCAUAGCGAAAUCUUUACUGGAAAGCAUGGAGCCCAUAUCAGACGGCAUCAAAGCUGAAGCUGUGAAUCCUAACGUAAAUGUCAAGAUACCAAAGUCGCACAGUUUCGAUGAAAAAAUAGGAGCCGCUAAGACGACAGACAUAGAGAGCUCGCUGGUCCAGAGCUGGUCAUAUUGCAUCUCGGAUUCAGCUAGUCUCCACGUAAACCACGAGCUAGAGCUCAGCAGGAGCGCCGAAGACUUCUUCAUAGGCAAGAACGAGGAAAAAUCCAUCGUCAGCGAAAUCCUCAAUUCCAUCAUGGACAAAGUGUGCUCUGAAGGGUGCCAGGAAGCUGGCUCGACGCCCAGGAGGCCCACGGAUCUGGAUUUGAAGCCCAAAGUGAACUCCCAGACUCCGAGGAACAUCGUGCUUUAUCCCAUCCACACGCAUCUGUGUUUGUACUGCGAGGUUUUCGACUCCAACCAGGUCAUGUACGCUUUGCAGACGUUGAAAAGUUGCAUCAUCGCGGAUCCUCACUUGUUCAUCAAGUGUCUGGCUACUAGCGGAAUCAAAAACCUUAAAAACAACGAAAUCCUGUACUUGCUGGCGAGACACAGGAAGUCUUCUCUCGGAUUCGGUUACUCUGGCGACCUCAGCAGCGACCAUGUUAAUUUUUACCGAGGCUACAUGUUCCUAGACGUAAUUAUUACCAUUUGCUUGAACUACUCUAGGAGCUUCUACCCCUUUCUGGACGACUCUCCGCUCGCUUCUGAAGAGAUGAGCAACAACUUGAAGAUACAGCUGCUGAGCUUGGACAUACUGGACGUCAUCACGAAGAAGCUGAUAACAAUGGUGAGAGAAAACACCAAAGGCUUCUCGAGUUAUAUUGCUGAUCUGUUGGUGAAAUGCAAGAUCCAGAAAAUCCUGCUGAACUGUCUCCUAACUUCUGUGAGAAAUUUCGACGAGGACAUCACCUUCGCGGAGGAAAUACUAGCCUACAACAACUUCCAGCUUAGUGAUACUGCUAACCGAGUAGGCGAGCACGUGGAAGCUUUCCAAAUACAAAUCCUGCGCUUGAUCAACUCCUUGAUCAUCCUGGAAUACAACGUGUUUCCAGUGAAAACAGAUUCUCCUAGUAGCGCCCCUUCUAUCACUCUGAUACCCCAGCAACAGAUAUUCCUGUCGGCCAUUAUGAGUGCUUUGCGUCACCAAAACAUGAAGCACAUCCACGAAAAGUGGCUCCACAUGGUCACCUCUUGUCUACCAUACUUUGGGGAUAACCUCAAGCAGAUCUCUAUCAGCGUCAUCCACCAGAUUUGCAAUAACGUCGAGGGCAUUUCGGCUAAUUACAAAAGAACGGAGUUGGAUGAGGAAAUGUGCUCGGACUAUGCCGUGACGCAACUGGAAGCUCUGACGAUACUUUGUCACUAUUGUCUGCUGGAUUCCACGCAAACCGUCAACCAAAACGUCCCUGCCAACCCUAGCACUUCCAUACCCAACCCCGGGGAGAUCAUCAACAACUUGUUCAACGUGUUCUUCUCACCUCUAAACGUCGAUAUCAACUUUUCGGUGAAGCAGAACUCUGACAACUAUCAGAACGCGAAAAAGACCAUACUGAGCCACAUGCCGAGGAUCAUUUCGAGCGUGGCUAAGCUGUGGCAGACUAUAGUCAAUUUGGAAAGCGAUUAUAAGGGGGUUUACGGGAGUAGCAAGGUGGUGAAGCAGCAGCUGUUGGAGUUCCUGAGUCCCAUUGCGGUCCACCAUGGGGCCAGCUUCCUGGCUGCGGUUGCUGUCGCUUGGUACGAGAGGAGGAAUCCGUUUAGUAGUGUCAAAACCGUUCUUCCUGAGCCCAAUGCAGGCCAAAACAAUUUAGUGUACUUGAUUUCGGCUAUUAGAGUUAUUCCACUAGACAAUCUUGUUCAAACUGUUACGGCCGUGAUAAAAAACCCUCCUCCUACUGAAGGUCUUUCUGCUGACAUAUGUCUAGAUGUGUCGGUAUUGGAGUUAUUUUAUUGUUACAUGCGAAAUGCCUCUUCUACUCAAUUAUUCGAAGCUUGGGGUUCUCUUUUGACCCUUAUCAGGGAAGGUUGUGCGUUAGCCCCACCGUCGCAGUUCCUGUUGGCUGCUCUUUUGCAUGAAAUAAUGAUAAAAUGUUGUCCCCUAGAAGAGAGAAAAGAUCAGAAAGACUUGCAAGACGUCACUACAAAGUUGAUCGAUUGUGUCUCUCAAGUUUGUGGUUCCUGUCUUGAGCAAACCACAUGGUUGAGGCGAAAUUUUGCAGUCAAAGAACAGGAGGAAGAUAGUGCUGCAGAAAGUAGCAUCAUUAGCGGCAGCAACAGCGAGAUAUUCGUUAAUUCUAGUUACAGUGUUCAAGCACAAUUGGUGUUAUCUGAAAUACUGGCCCCCAUCCUGGACAUAUGCUUCGGCUCAUCGGAAAAAGACAAAGUCAACGCCAUCCUGACCUCGCUGAUGUUCAACAUAGUGCCCUACCUGAAGACGCACACCGUCCGGAACAUGCCGAGCUUCAGCGCUUGCUCCAAGCUGCUGAGCGGCCUCAGCAGCUACCAGUACACCAGGAAGGCGUGGAAGAAGGACGUGUUCGAUUUGUUGCUGGACAACGCGCUUUUUCAGAUGGAUUACUCGUGUCUGAAGUUCUGGAGGGUGAUCGUCGACAAUUUGAUGACUCACGAUAACACGACUUUCAGGGAUUUGAUGAAUCGCGUUUCAAUGAACCAGAGUGGCAGCCUGAGCAUUUUCUCGUCUAGGGAACAAGAAUAUGAACAGAAAGCUCAGCUGCUGAAGAGACUAGCUUAUGUGAUAUUUUGCAGUGAGAUGGACCAAUAUGCCAAGUACAUGCCCGAUAUCCAAGAACAACUGACUAGUUCUUUGAGAUUUGGCGUACCGGGGGUGCAGGCGCAGGUGUUCCUUUGUUUUCGCGUCAUCCUCCUGAGGAUGAGCCCCCUGCACGUGACCUCCUUGUGGCCAAUCAUCAUCAGCGAGAUGCUGCAGGUGUUCCUGCAAAUCGAGCAGGAACUGUCCACCGAUACCGAAGAGUUCAGUUCACACAUUAAAUUAUUGACAUCUCUUGACGCAAGCUGGGCCACCAACAGCAACAACGGACUACACGCCUUGGGCCACCCCCAUUGGCUGAGAUUGCAGCUGGCGACCGCCAAACUGUUGGAUCUAGCUCUACUUUUACCCGCCACUACCCUCCCGCAAUUCCAAAUGUACCGUUGGGCGUUCGUCGGCGACGACCUGCUGCGCCCCGACCACCACCCCUCCUUCCUGCCACACGUGAUGCGCAUCGCCGCUCUCAUGGACAAAAAGUUCCCAGACACGCAGAUCGACGCGCUGCCGAUGAAGCGCAACGAACUAUUACUCACCACGAACACCAUAGCGCAACUCAAAGACCUGCACGGCUUCUUCCGCACGUUGAGCGCAUGCUCGGACCGACACCGCAGCGAGUGCAGCCGAUUCACGCCGGAGAACGCGUAUUCCGAAAGGCAGCCCGACCGGCAGACGGACGCCAUCUUGGAGAAGAUCGACAAGGUGGUGGAGACGGAUUUUUUGGAUAGGAUACCGCGGUGA